CGUCUGGUAGAGAGAGUGUACACAAUAGAUUAGAUGUAGUGCGGCGACGCUUUGAUGGUAAUACGAGGGUAAUUUACCGUAUAAAAAUCCCAACCAAGGAGAUAAAUGGCUGGAAGUCGCGGGAAGUACUUUGGGCAGCAGCUUGAUGAUUGGCGCCAGAACAGCGAGCUAUACUCGAAAAAAGCGGACUACGACUACCACCACGCGAUGGCACAGCACGCAGCGGUGGUGUCGGCCGCGGGAGGAGGCCAGCUGCACCCAGCCAUGGCGCAGCUGCCCAUGCUGCCCACGGGGCUCAACCUGUCCAUGGGCUCGGCCGCAAACAUGGCUGCUAACAUGGCGGCUGCCGCGGGCCUCCAGAUGUCGCAGCUGACGGCAAGUGCCAACUCCACUUCGUCGUCCGCCUCUUCAGGGGGUGGAGGCGGGGCUUCAGCGGCUGCUCUUCACCACCAUCACCACCACCACCACCAACACCUGCAGCACCAGCACGGCAACGCGCCCGCAGCACACCAGCAAGCUGCUGCACUGCACCACCAGCACCAGCAUCAUCACCACGUGGGAUACAUGGGCCACAUGGGUGCCGCUGCCGUGGGCGGCAAGCUCAAGCACAAGAAGCCGAAGGUCAACAAGGACGGUGUGCCCGCACCCAAGCGUGCCACCACGGCCUACAUCACCUUCACACAGUGGUACCGGGAAGAGAUGAAGAAGUCCGGACGCCAAAUCCCACGGAUUGGGGAUUUCGGCAAGGAAUGUGCCGGAAAGUGGAACACGAUGUCAGACGAAGACAAGCAACCUUUCCUCAGCGCUGCCGCGAGAGACCGUGAGCGAUACAAGCGCGAGAUGGCGGUGUACAAGCCAGCACGAGAUGCAAACAAGCCUAAGCGCCCUGGUACAGCCUUCAUGCUCUUCAUGGGCGACUUCCGGAAAGAGAUGGCCGGCAAGGAGCCUGAGGGCGGUGUGGCUGCACUUGCCAAACUGGGUGGGGAAAGGUGGCGGGGCAUGUCGGAGGAGGACAAGCGGCCUUACGUCGAGAGGCAAAACGAGGAGAAGAUGAAGUAUGAACAAAACAUGGAGGAGUACAGGCGCAAACAGCAAACAGCAGAGAGCCAGGCGGCCAAGCUGCAACAGCAGCAACAGGCAGCAGCCGCCGCAGCACAAGCCGACGACCAAGGUGGCGGCACGCGCGAACAGCAGCAGCAACAGCACGACAAUGGCGGCGAUUCAGAGUCCGGCGAAGACACGUUCCACGGCAAUCAGAGCCACUCGAAUCCUCCGUCGGGCAACUCAACGCCCAGCCCUGGCGGCGGCGGGGCCACCACGCAUUCCGAGCACACAGACGAGUCGCAGCAGGGCGCUGCGCCGCCCACCUCGUCUGCAUCGGCCGUUGGCUCUGAGCGCAGCAACGCAGGUGGCCUGCCCUCACUCGCGUCACCUCUGUCGCUGGCCCACCCGCUGGCCUCGCUGGGCUACCAGCACUCUCUGGCCAGCUUCGGCAUCACUUCGGGCGGGUUCGGCGGCGCGCCGCACGCAGCGCACGUGUCGGCCGCCUCGACGGCCGCGGCACCUUACCUGCCCGGAAGUGCAGCCACUUACUCGCAGGCCCACCUGCCCGGACCAUACAGCUGGACCUGAGCACAGGGUGCCCAAGGGGGGAGCGACGGAGCGGGGCGCAUCGUAUGCAACUUGUAGUCUCUUCUGUCGGCCCGCCCCUGAACCCCCGCGACUCAAAAGAAGGCCCGCGGUGUGAAUCUCGCAGUAUGCCCCCCCCCUCCCCCCCGUGUGCAGCAAGCCGUGCGGGAAGUGCUUUGCUCGUGUGCCAACUGCUGGACUGGGUAGCUUUGGUCCCUGCCUGGGUGGUGAAGUGCACUUCAUGCGUGGACCAAACAGGAGAUUUGUGUUUGCCUUCUCUUUGAGCUCUCAUUGCCAUCACGUGCUUAGCGAUUUCCUCAUCUACAUUGUGCUGCGAUUGCCCUCUUGUUGGCUGUGUUACGAUUCUAAAACUUGUGUCAUGGCCUUGUUCUUUCGUCACACACUUGUAAAAAAAAAAAAAGAAUGCUGUCCUUGCGCCUUCAAUAUCUGUACCUCAUUUUUUGCUUAGCUAUCUAUUUCUGCAUGAAAAUUUUCUCAUCAUUCUACCAACCUAAUUUAUUGCUUACAAUCUGUGAGGUAUUGCCAGUAGUAUGAUGUAACAUCAUUUCAAAACACAAAAUGUCAAUGAGGCAUUCGAAGUGGUUGAGGUGCAUUUGCGUAGCCACUUGCAGGACGGCUUUAUCAUCUUCGAGGCUGCCCAGGCGCAGUGCCAUUUCUCAUGUAUCGUUUUUAUGGGCCUAGCCAGUUUUUUUCUUGUUGUUUUUUCUCCCCCUCCCCCUUUCCUUCAAAAGCAGUGGGUUUGUGCUAGCAUGCAGGGCCACCACAACCUGGCUUGUCAUGCAGUUGUAUAAAAUUGUGUGCCGCCAAACGAGCUCAGAGGUGGGCAAAUUGUGAUUCGUGCAGAUGGCUUGAGAAACGAUGGGGCAAGUUACUUAACACGCCUUCUUCUGUGCCGGUGCCGCAUUCUCUCUGCUGUUCUAAGCCAAACGAGCAUGAAUUCCCUUAUUUUUCUCGGAUGAACGUUUUGUUGUAGAAGACAUCAUGGAAAAAAAAAAACAUGCAAGUGCAGAUAUUUAUGCUUCCAGUAGUUUUCCAGGACCAGUGUGUGUGCGUGUGUGUGGGCCUCUCGUAGGGCGUAUAACCGGCUUUUUAAAAAUAUGAACAUUUUAUCGCCAACGUCACGAUGCUGCGCCAUCCGUGAGCGUGCGAGGUGGGGCAUUUUAUUUGAGCAACCUUUGUGAACAAGGCACACGAGGUGGAAAAGACAGCAGUGUAUGUUCACUAGCGAACAGACAGAAAAACAAACAAUACUCAGACGUUGCAUAUUGGUCUGCGCUCGGCAUUGUAGCUUGAAAUGCAAGAGCAUACGUUUUGGGACAUGUUUUUACGCACAUUGUUCUCAGUAUUUUUCUCGGUGUUCUGAUUUUUGUUGAUUGCAUUUCUUUGUACAUGCUCUAAUUGUGACUUUAUUCUUCAAUUUUAAACACAUUGUAUCACUGUUUCUGUAAACGGGAUGUGUAGCGAAUAGCCUAUGUUUUUUACAGAUAAGUGGACUGAGAAAAAAACCACAUAGAAAGGAACACUGCAACUAUUGUGAUACGGCUCUAUUAAUUUAACUUGUCUUGCGUUUGACGCCAGUUUUAUCUUGCCGUGAACAUUGCAUGUGUGUCGAAACCAAUGUGGGAAAAAAAUAUAUAUGUUGAAAGGGUUGAAUGCAUGCGGGUCCUUUCCAUUGCUUUUGCAAGCUCUGUAUAAAAGAGCUGUGGUGCUUUUGCAGGCCUGGGUUGGCUCAGUCUCACUUCCCAAGUAAUGAAACCCAGUUUCAAGUAAUGCAUCCAUUUGGACGUGCACGUAGAGUAUCUUAAAAAGAAUAGACCUGUGUUACUAACUCUUUCCUUACCGUGCCAUUUAUAGUGUCUGGCACAUGGUGGUGAUUCAGCGUGCUGUCGGACACCGACUUGGGCAUUUUUCAGCAUGCGCUGCUGCUUAAUAUGCAAGUUUUGCUUUCUGGAGGCCAAACAAAACCUGAGGCACCUUAAGUAAUAGCGCAAAAGUGUGUGCACCAAAACGUAAAGUCAGGGUCGUCGGACCUUUUGCACGCAACUGCAAGAAAAGGAUGCGCAGUACAGCGUUGCAUGAAUAUCAUCUACAAUGUAUAUUGCAGAGCAGUUAGUUUCAUUGUAGUAGUUAACCUUAGCGUCCAUGAUUACAUUUGCUUGGAAAGGCUGGAAACCUUAGGAAAGCACAUACGGAAAUUUUCCUUUUGUAUAGUCUAAACAGUCUAGCAUAAUGUUUUUCUUUGAUGAAAUUGUAGUGUAUCUCACAGGAUACAUUAAGUCGGAUGCAUUUGAUCAACUGAAUUGAGUAUCGCACCUGCAUAUAUUUUUGUGGCUAGUGUUUGAAGAAAAACGGAAAGGAAAGAGUUAAGCCAUAACAUUUGCAUUAUCCACGGUGUUGCCAGCUGGAACACGUUGGGUUAUUAGCUCAAGGCACAGUCUGCAAAAGCAGGAACAGCCACAGGGCAUUGUGUACGAUAGAAGCAGCCAACUUACAUGUGAGACUUUUUUUUUUUUUUCAUCACUGUAUAAAGUGCAGAGCAAGCAUUUCUCUCGCCUCUCUUCUUAGUCCUUCAGUGGGCGACCUCUGGAAUAAAAAAAAAGUGUCGAGGUUCUUAAAGUGUCUUGAGUAAUGUCAAUUGCUUUGUUGUUGUACAUAGUGUGUGUUUUUUUUAUCAUCCCAGUAAAUUUGAAGCACCUCAAGUGAUUUUAUCUUUUUUUUUUACGCUGUUCACACUUUUUAUCGUGAUUGUUCUAUUGCGCAUCUGUGAAGCUCGUCUCUUACCUGCCUCACCUGUUGACAAAAAACAUUGCGACAUUCUUCCCUUGAACUUUUUUUUUCUUUUCUUUUGGGAAGAAAUGGUAUUCUGUGUGUAGGCAUGUAUGCAUCUGUGUGAAGCAGUUUCCAAAUCCAAGGAACGUAGUGCUAAUAAAACAUCUUUUUUUUUUUUUGUUAAAUAUUGCCAGUCUGCAAAACUCUUUUACCUAGUACAAACGUGAGCCAAGCUUCUGGCAGCCAGUGUUUGGGAUGAAGCUUGAUUGCUGCUCAGUGCCAUUGGUGUGUGCUUUCCAUUCAGUCUGUGUGGCUGAAUGCUCUGCUCGUGGGGUCUUACAUUUAUUGGUUUGGGUCGAACGCAGAACAUUAACAUAUAAAGGUGAUUGUCAGUGUAAACAUAUGGGUUACACUAUGUCAGUGCUGUAACAUCAUUAUGCUUCAAUAAUUAGUGUUUUCUCUUGCACUGCUACAGCUUAGUUACAGAGCCCUGCCAAGUUCAGUCGCUGGAUUGUUUAGAAUGCAGUAUAGUUAACAAGGCUACUGGUGGCCCAGAAAGUAGAUUGUAGUUGCUGUAAUACAAUUGCAACAAAUCUUAGCCAAGUAUUGCAACUUCUAGAAAAAAAUUGCUUCAUUUACGUGAAUUGUGAGAGCUCGAAUUUAAAUCCGUUUGCCUGUACAUCUGCCUAGAAAAAAAUUGCUUCAUUUACGUGAAUUGUGAGAGCUCGAAUUUAAAUCCGUUUGCCUGUACAUCUGCAGAUCAAGGAUGAGUUUUCUACCAUAUUAAAGUUUUUAAUUUCCCCACCAAA